AUAGGACAUGAAAAAAUGAAUGGUUAUAUGUGGAAGAAGGGUCACAAAAGGAAAAACUGGACAGAACGUUGGUUUGUUUUAAAACCAAAUGUUAUAUCCUACUAUGUUAGUGAAGAUUUAAAAGACAAAAGAGGAGACAUUGCACUGGAUGGCAACUGUACUGCAGAGGCCUUGCCCGACAAAGAUGGCAAAAAAUGUCUCUUUCUUAUAAAUAAUUCAGAGAAAUGUUUUGAGAUUAGUGCCUCUGAUAAGAAGAAGAAACAGGAGUGGCUUCAAGCCAUUCAGACAACGGUAAAUCUGCUGAAAUUAAAAAGCCCUUCACCUCAUAAAGAGGCACGCCAGAAACGGAAAGAAUUACGCCAAAAACUGCAAGCGGAACAAGCAGAACUGGAGAGACAAAUGAAAGAGCUCCAAAUAGCAAAUGAAAAUAAACAGAAGGAACUGGAAACCGUCCGAAAGCAACUAGAAGAGGCAGCCGCUCGAGCCUCAGAAGAAGAGACAAAACGUCUGCAGACUCAUAUGGAAUUACAAGAUCGAUUCAGUCUUGAACUGGAGAGAGAAAAAAUGGUAAGACAGAAAAUGGAAGAACAGGUUGCUCAGAAAUCAUCUGAGCUUGAGCAGUACUUAGUGAGAGUCAAAGAACUUGAGGAAAUGUAUAAUCAGCUACAGGAAGCUUUGGAGGAUGAGAAACAAGCCCGUCAAGAUGAGGAAACUGUCAGGAGACUUCAGGCCAGACUGCUAGAAGAAGAGACAACCAAGAGAGCAGAGUUGGAAAAGUGGCACUUGGAGCAGCAACAGGCCAUUCAGGUGACUGAGGCAGAAAAGCAAGAGUUGGAAAACCAGAGGAAAAUGAAGGAACAUGCUCUACAGGUCGCCAUGCAGCAGUUGGAAGAAUUGGAAUUAGAGAGGAAGCAAGCCUUUGAACAAUAUGAGGAGGUAAAAAAGAAAUUGGAAGCAGCAGCAAGCAAAACUAAAAAUUGGAAAGAUAGAGUAGCUCAUCAUGAGGGAUUAAUUCGAUUAAUUGAACCAGGUUCCAAGAAUUCCUAUUUGAUCACUAACUGGGGGCCGGCGGCCUUCACUGAAGCUGAACUUGAGCAAAGAGAGAAGAGUUGGAAAGGGAAAAGGGGCACUUCUGAUUAGGAAACGUGGCUGAAAUACAACUGAGGGCCAUACAGAGCAGAAAUCUGAUAAUUAAAUAAUCAAUUUAUUGCAUAUACUGCAUGCUAGUCAAGAUACUUAAAGAAAUUGAAUACAAAAUACAAAUUCUACCGCACAACUUGAAUUAUAACAGAAUUUCUGAGAGCUAAAUUAAAGUUUACAUAAACUGAAUAAUUGUGUACAGUUUAUAAAAAUCUAAAUGCUGUAAUUUGAAGUGUGUUCUUUUUAAAUUUGGAAUUGGACAAGUUGAAUGAGCUAGAACAUAUUGGGAAUAUAUUGUUAACAUAUUGUUUCUAACAAUAGAAAACUGUGAACGUACCCAUCUAUUUUUAUACCUGGGGCAAUAAAAGCUUAUGUGAACAGUAGGAAGAUUGUUAUCUUUGGUAAAUCCAGGCCAAAGAUACAUGGAGAAACAGCAAUUUGAACCAAUAUGUCAGGAUAUUAGUGGUGCACUGAAUUAGUGUGCGACUGAAAUACUUUCCCCAUAUAAAUACAGAAUAUAUUCUCAAGUAGUAAUUUUCGACCCUUAAUAAUUCUGUAGUUUGAAAGGGAGAAAAAGAAAGAAAAAUUGAACACCUCGCAUCCUUCUUUGAUUUUUUUUAUCAUUACACUAAUAGCCUGAAGACAACAGAUAGCUGAAUAUAAUUUUUGAUUUUGUUGAGAGGUGGUUAGGAUCUUGAUCCAGAAAUAUAUGGUCUAAUCUUGACCAUAUGAACAUAUUUCUUCUGUGAAAAUAUGCAUAGGGUUACCUAUAGGGUCAACCAAUUGAUUACAACCAAUUCAAAUUAAUAAUCUAUCCUCGUUCAUUAAAUUUCCUUGAUUUCAUAUGUAGUCCAGAUACAACUAAUAAUUGCUAAAUUAUUUUGCAGGUAAAUGUAGCAUUAAUAUA